AGUUUUAAAGCAGGUGAAGCCGCUCCACUCCUCAAAUUAACCACAGCUGGUCUUCACAUUCGGACCGCAACCCGAUAGAGAACGCCUGCAAGAACAACAUUUUGCUCGCCAGCAAUCUGCUCGAGUGUUGAGGAUUCCUUUUGUGAUAGAGUUCAAGAAAGUUGCAGCAAGAAUGAAGAUCUACGUGGCAACCAUUAUUUCAAUCGCCCUCCUCCUGGGCAACUCUGUCAACUUCGGUGACUCCACCCCGCAAGUGAGACGAGUGGACAGGUCAUCCCGACUAGCUCGGUUCGAGACUAGAGAUCUCCGAGUUUUAGUAGGACUACUAGCGAGAGAAACUAGCGUCAACCAGCGGGUAGCAUUCACCGCGGUGAGGACGACCAACACGGAUGUCUCUACGAGUAACGACACCCCUUUGCCCUUCGAGAAGACCGAGACGCUCCUGCCGGGUACCAGCUUCGAUCUGAAGACCGGCACAUUCACGUGUAGUGUGCCAGGCACCUACGUGUUUAUGUUUUCUGCACUCAAAUUUCAUCCAAGCAGCGACCUGUUCGUUUUUCUCCGGAAGAACGGAGACAUAGUUGUCACUAGCAUUAGCACUGAUUCUAUUCAUAAUGAGCAAGUGUCUGGGAGCGCGGUGCUGGCUCUGCAACAAGGAGACACCGUGUAUCUGACCUUAUAUGGUAAGGCGUUUAGUGGUUCCUGGCAACAGACCACAUUCAGUGGCUUCCUCCUUUACCCCGAAUAAAUAAAGCAAUCCCAACGCACCAGCAUCGUUUUGCUGAUUUUUUAUUUGCUUUCCAUUUUGUCGAAACUAGAACCAAUGAAGGAAAAUAAAGGAUGCUCAAUGUCACAAGAAAAAUAAACUACCAGUAUUCAGGCUUUUCGUUUAUGCAUGCGCAAAUCUGUAUAACAAUACAUAUUAACACUUAUUGAGUUCAUGUGUUAAGAUUUAUAAAAUGAGUAUCAGAUAUUUGUAUCAACUGUAGAGUGGAGUAUUUGGAUAGAAUACUUUCCUUCAAAGCAAUCUAGGCCCUAGUUAUUUCUUUUUGUUCAAACAAAACCGUUUUGCAAUAAAGCAGCGCCACAAGCAUGUUGUUGAGACAUAAACAAAAUUGUGUUUACGAUAACUGAACUACAUGGAAUUAUUUUAGGCUAAAAUUGCCAAACACAAAAUUUAUAUUGCCACAUUUAGCCAAACAAAACCAUAAAAUAAAAUAUUUCUUCAGGAAAUUAAUGCAUCUAUUUAUGUUAUUGGGUAAUUAAUCAAUAAAAAGGGGGUAACGAAACCAGAUAUAUCUAAAAAGGUAUUACAAAGCAAAUAAAUAUGUAUAAAAGACAAAUAAACAUACAAACAAACUUUUCAUGUUAGAGCGUAGGUGUAAACACACACUGUUUUAGCUGUCUGUUCCCUGUAUGUCCAGCACAGAUGAUGACCAUCAUUGAUUAAUGAAUCCUAUUACAUUGUAUGUCAAGAACAAUUUCUCAAAGUGGUGAAUCUAAUUUCCUUAUUGACUUAAAGAUUGGUGUUUGGAAUAAUAAUUGUUUGAAAUGUUGUCAUGCUAUUCAUAUCAAUUUGCUGAAACGUUGAGACUUGCAUGUAAAAAGUUAUAGUUUACAGAUUCUUUAGAAAAACAUAGAAUGCAUUGGUUUUUUAUCAAAUGGUUGGAUAAUUUUAACAUUAUAAUCUGUGAGAAUUGUGUUUCAGUAACAAUUGACUGGCUAUUAAAACAAUAGGCCAAUAUAGAAAAACAUCCUUUCCAUGAUUACGAAAAACAUUAAGGGCCUACCAUUUAGUUUUUGAUGAAUAUUUUGCUCGACAUCAGUGUGCAAACCAAUCUUUUCUUGUUAAGCAAACGAUAGUUAACCACUUUUCAUAUUUUCUGAAAUAUAAAGGUACCCACAACAACGGAAAAGAUGGCGUUUGCUGCAGAGUUUAAAACCCACGAAAAGUACGGCAUUUUGUGUUUAAAAGACCCAAAUUAUAUGAUGUUUAAUAUUUUUUAACCAGCAUUACUGUAUUGCAUUCUAGAAACUCACAUUGAAAAUCAAAAUACACGGUACAAUUUACAUUAAAGUGAAGAGGGUUAUACUCAACUGGUUGGAAUUGUCUUUUGUCCCCAAUUUUUGUAGUGACUUUUAUUUUGAUACCAUAUUUGGAAA